GUUUGAAAUAUUUUGAAUUAAUAAUAAAUCUUGAGAACGAAUUUCGCGCUAACCAAAUGCUCGAUCUGUUCCAAACUUGCGCAGAAGCUUCUGCAACUCGUAUUGAUCAAACUUUCAGAGGUAUUCACGCUCAUAUCAAUUCAGCUCGCAAAACGAACCUCUGAUAGACAAAAACACAAGAAUGUAGACGAAGUUCCGUUCAUUAUUUAGUGUUUUCAAAGUUAAAGCAUUAUGAUGUCUUCCUUAAAGUAUGGAACACAAAGCCUGAGCCAGAAGAAUUCAUCCAGAAUCUGCAUAACACUCAGACAAUGGUCCAUUCUGUUUACUAUUUUGACGUUUAUAAUAGCUGCUAUUGUCACUACUUGUGCAACUUUGGGAUACUCUCAUGCUGGAGAAACUUUGGAUAUAUUGAAAAGUGAUAUUCAUAUCGAGCAGGAAAAACAUGAAGAAUAUGGUCUUAAACAUGCCAGCAAUAAUGAGCAGCUUUUGAUCAAAUCAAAACAUUCUGUUAUAACAAAAAAACAUAUUCUAUGGAUUCUGAUGUAUUCCGGCUGGAUUCUCCUUGUGACAUCAGCCAUUCUUAUCUAUUGCACAAUCACUAAGUCGCCAGUACUUGUGCUCCCUUGUCUUCUUUUGAGCGCGUUUAUUUACGGGGCCAUAUUUGUGGGCGAGAUGGUUUACUACUCCGACUAUAUUAAAUUCAUCGACAAGAAAUAUGUGGUGGCUGCCUUUAUCGUGUCCGCCAUUACCAUGGGUAUGUGGUAUGUGAUUUGCAAUUACCACAUAAUCAUCAAUUCCAGGAUACACUCAGUUCCCAAGUCGAAGACAGUCUACACCCAAGAGGGUUUCAUUCAUACAGUAAAUCCCCCAAAGAUUCCAGAACACAAGAAGUGCUUGGUGUGAAAAAUUGAGACUCGUUUAUUGCCUCUUCGACUGGAAACUAUGAGAACAGCAGCACAAUCAUGAAAUUUAGUCCGGUCAAUUUAGACAUUCGAAGUUACAUAAAGCCCCAACAAGCUGAAUUUCUGUGAAGUUGUUCAAAACAUAAUUAUAAACAAUGUCUAGAAGUUCCCCAUCAUUCCCCUGUAAGGAAAAAAUUUAAUUCAAGGUCAAAGGUCAAAAAAAUCAGUUUUUCACGAUUUUCAGCAAAACGGUAAGUUUUAUCAUAAAAGUACCUCAGACAAAAAUUGUAGAUCAUAAUAUUAUCUAUAAAAAAUGUAUCAAUACUUGUUUUCUAACGAGCCACCGUUUCUGAGAUAUAACGAUUCAAAAAAUUAUAAAAGUUGUUGUCAUAAUAUGCACACGUUUCCACGCCACCUAUAAGGUAGUGUACUUAGCGCGUUUUUUUUUAACGUGGUUUCCCCAGUAGGCCUACUCCACGGGUCAGUUGUGAUCCUGUUUAAUGUAAAACUAUUGCAAAAUAACGGAAAUUUUCAAAGAUUGGGAAAGAUAAAAGCGAUAUA